GCAUUCCAACCAUUCCAGUCUCCGCGAACAAUCGGCCCUCAGUUAUUUAUGAGCAGCGCUUUCUCUCUCUCUCGACUCAGUCUGUUGUGAAAGCUUCUCGGAGACGCACACCGUAGCAGUGCACUCUCUCAGCGGAACGUAGUAUACUCGGGAUACGAAUUUAUACUUUCCAGUUAUAGGAAGUUCUAUUAGGAUUACAUUACGUUUAAAAUAAAUAUAAACGAUAUAGACCUACGGCGUCCACAACUUGUUUCCGUGAUGACAAUGUAAAUAGAUCUGUGGUUAACUAAUAAUCCAAAACCACCAGUUCAACACAGCACAUUCACUUAAAUAUUCUCUGAUUGACUAAGAUGAGAACUGCUGAGGAGUCUUCUGGUACGGUCCUGCACCGUCUAAUCCAGGAGCAGCUCCGUUACGGGAACCCCACGGACACCCGUACCCUCCUGGCCAUCCAGCAGCAGGCCCUGCGUGGAGGCAGCAACAGCAGCGGAGGAGGCGGUACCGGAUCACCCCGCUCCUCUCUGGAGAGCCUGACCCAGGAAGAGUCCCAGUUCAUCCACAUGUCCACCAGACAGGACCCCCAGGGUCAGGAGUACCAGGGGGACUACAAACACUGUGAGAGGGACUCCGUGUGUCACCUCUACCAGCUCCACAGACACGGAGAGGAGCUGCCCACCUAUGAGGAGGCCAAGGCUCACUCUCAGUAUCUGGCCUCGGUAGGAGCCCAGCGCGGUCAGGGGCUUGAGGUGAUGGAUCACCAGGGAGGGGGCCAGUGGGAUUUGAAACGGGAGCACGCCCGCUCCCUCAGUGAACGGCUCAUGCAGCUCUCCCUGGAGAGGAACGGUGGAUCGUGUGGAUCCAGAGACAGUCUGCCCCUCAGCUCAACACAGAGUUACCCACAGCUUUCCAAUGGCCACUGUGGGCCUGUUGACCACCAGGGACCAGAGUCUCUCCAGUACCCCGAUCAGAGGGGACCUCCCCCGGAUUACUACCCCUUCCUGGUCAGGCCUCCUGGAUACAUGCUCAGCCACUCACAGGAGACACACGGACACUACCACCAGGAACCCCCUCCCCCAUUCCACUCCCAGCACAGGUAUGAACCUGCCCAUGCCCAGAUGAUUCGCCACAGUGUCCAGUCUGGUCCAGAGGUCUACAUGAGCCACGCCAACCCCAGUACCCACAACAACAGUGCCCAGAUGGACCUGUUGAGGGAAAAUGAGAGACUAAGGAAAGAGCUGGAGGGGUACAGCGAGAAGGCUGCCAGACUUCAGAAGCUGGAAGGAGAAAUCCAGAGGAUAUCUGAGGCCUACGAGACCCUGAUGAAGGGCUCAGCCAAGAGAGAGACCCUGGAGAAAACCAUGAGGAACAAACUGGAGUCAGAGAUCAAGAGACUGCACGACUUCAACAGAGACCUCAGAGAUCGUCUGGAUACUGCUACAAAACAGCGAGUAACCAAAGAUGUUGAAUCUGCCAACCAGAGGCAGCAGCUCCUCGAACAACAUGAGGAACAGCAGCGGGAGGUGCAGCGUCUGCGUGGCUCCGGGGAGGAGUGGCUUCGGCGCCGGGAGGUUCUGGAGCUGGCCCUGGGGUCGGCACAGACCCGUAACCUGGCCCUGGAGGAGGAGCUUAGAAGGAAGAAGGCGUACGUAGAGAAGGUAGAGCGGCUGCAGAGUGCCCUGGGCCAGCUACAGGCAGCCUGUGAGAAGAGAGAGGCCCUGGAACUGAGGCUGAGGACCAGGCUGGAGCAGGAGCUGAAGAGCAUCCGAUCAGCACAGUCCCACAGCACGGCUAGUGGUCCUGGCUCCCUGCCCUCUGAUCUGAGCUCCAUGGUGUCUGUACAGCAGCAGCAGCUGGCUGAGAGAGAAGAGAGGAUCCUGGCUCUGGAGGCUGACAUCACACACUGGGAACAGAAGUACCUGGAGGAGAGCACCAUGAGGCAGUUCGCUAUGGACGCAGCCGCCACCGCUGCAGCUCAGAGAGACAGCAGCGUCAUCAAACACUCGCCUCGUCACUCACCCGACAACAGCUUCAACGACCACCUGCCAUUCAGCCACAGACAUCGGGAGAUGGAGAACAGAAUCCGAGCGCUGCACUCCCAGCUCCUGGAGAAGGAUGCCGUGAUCAGGGUGUUACAGCAGCGGACUGGACCAGAGCAGCAGGCCCUCCUCCGCCCUGCCAGGUCCGUCCCCUCCAUCAGCACCACUGCCAACGCCUCCACAUCCACCUCCUUCAAUGGCCCGGUGGAGCGACCCACCUGGGGAAAAGGAAAGAGCCUCUCUGAUGACCAGACGGCUGCUGCAGUGUCUCCUCUGUCCCGAUCCCCCCACCAACACCCCCGCACCCCCCUGGCCCUGCCUCUCCCGUACUCCGAGCCCCAGAGAAGAGACCACAGCAGCCAGUGUGAUAGUGAUGUCCCAGCCCAAAAGGCUGACCUCACAGUGGAUCCCCCCAGCAGUUCAGACACUGCAGCAGGCGUAGUAGAAAUCCUUAUUUAACAAACGUUGAACUGUGGAUGGACAGUGAAAACAUGGUCGAUGACCGAGACAACUUCCUGUCCUGCAUAUCCCACCCAGAGCGAAGAAGACAGCCUGCCCGUCUGUCUGUUUCUGGCCAGACUGGCCUCCAGAAGGACACUUCCUUUGAAGACAGAGGGACAGUUUGGAGACGGACAUGGACAUGUGUUUCCUACCUACCUUCCUUCCUUCCUUCCUAUCUACCUACCUACCUUCCUUCCUAUCUACCUACCUACCUACCCACCUACCUACCUUCCUUCCUAUCUACCUACCUACCUACCUACCUACCCACCUACCUACCUUCCUUCCUACCUUCCUUCCUUCCAUCCUUCCUAUCUACCUACCUUCCUUCCUACCUACCUACCUACCUACCUACCUACCUACCUACCUACCUACCUACCUACCUACCCACCCACCUACCUUCCUUCCUACCUUCCUUCCUUCCUUCCUUCCUUCCUUCCUUCCUACCUGAGAAAAGAAUCCAGAAGCAUCAGGAAGUGUGUAGCAGACAGAGAGGAGAGCUCUGCUCCACUUGACUGUUUUUCUCUCUACACUUAAGAAAAGUGAAGAAGAAUUGAAUUGGCCGUGUUCUCUAGUUAGUGGACCUGCCAGGGGCAACUACCCCAGUCUCCAUCUGAAGCCUCCAAGGUACUCAGACAAGGCUUCUGCAUCGCUGCACAACCUGAGAUAUCAAUCAAACUGCGUUUUUUUAUUAUAUUAGUAUGUAGUUGGUGUUUUAUUUUGAUGUAUUUAUAUUCUUGUUUAAGUGCUGCUCGUAGUGUGACGUGAUGUGUUUGUUUGAAGAGUUGUGUGUCGUUUGGCCUUUAAGAAAUCUGUCUGUCUGUCUGUCUGUCUGUCUGUCUGUCUGUCUGUCUGUCAUUCACCACCCCUAGACCCUUGUCUAUACACUUCUAUUCAUACUGCAUAUCUGUUUCCGUCAUGGACAGACAGUGUGUUAGAUACUUUGAGCUCAGCAUGCCAAGUCAAACAUUCCUGGGGAAAAAACUACAUCACUAUCCCACGGCUACUUUUAGCUUGUUCUAUGAUUACACAUAACCUUCCUAUUAUGUUGUAACGCUAAUAUACGUGCUUGGUGAAGACAGUUGUAAGAGUAAUCUCUCCUCCUCUUCCUCCUCCGAUAUCCUUGGAUGAGUGGUCCAUUUCACAGUGUGCUUGAGUACCGUAAAUACCAAACAAACCCAACUUCUGCAUUCCCAAGCCUAAAUUAAACUAUGCAGUUGGCACUCUCCUCUCCCUACACAUCACAGACUGUAUGUUGAGGCUCCGCGCCCUCCCAGCUUUAACACUGGAAUGGGAAUGGGCCUUGUUUUAGACUGGAGGGUGGAGUAACGGUGGAUGGCAUGUCUGUCUGACCUGACUGCUCUUCCUCUUUGAGAAACAGAGGACGAGGAAGAGGAGAGGCUGCCGUUCACACCACUGGGCCUGAUGUCUGAGAUGCCCAGGCUGUGUCCCAAAUAGCAUCCCUAUUCCCCAUGUAGUGCCCUGGUUAUAAUUAGUGCCCUGUAGAGGCCAGGGAUCAUCAACUAGAUUCAGCCGCAGGCCGAUUUUCUUCUUGAGCGGAUGGUCAGGGGAGGGCCGCAACAUAAUAACAAAUGAUUUGUAGAUUGCAAAUUGACCGCAAGAAACCCCCCUUUUCUUAUUUUUUAAAUAGGAUUAUAACAUGAUCAUUUUAUAAACCUUGCUUAACUGCCCCUUGAACAAGGCAGUUAACCCACUGUUCCUAGACCAGUUAACCCACUGUUCCUAGACCAGUUAACCCACUGUUCAUAGACCAGUUAACCCACUGUUCCUAGACCAGUUAACCCACUGUUCCUAGGCCAGUUAACCCACUGUUCCUAGGCCAGUUAACCCACUGUUCCUAGGCCAGUUAACCCACUGUUCCUAGACCAGUUAACCCACUGUUCCUAGACCAGUUAACCCACUGUUCCUAGGCCAGUUAACCCACUGUUCCUAGACCAGUUAACCCACUGUUCCUAGACCAGUUAACCCACUGUUCCUAGACCAGUUAACCCACUGUUCCUAGACCAGUUAACCCACUGUUCCUAGACCAGUUAACCCACUGUUCCUAGACCGUCAUUGAAAAUAAGAAUUUGUUCUUAACUGACUUGCCUGGUUAAAUAAAGGUAAAAUAAAAUAAAAAACAUUAGUAUAGAUCAGAUAUAUAUCUCUAUUAUGCAGGGGGGGGGGUGUACUUUGGAACAGAUUAACCAAAUUAAAAUCACUUGGAGCUGAUUUUGCUGGUGUUUUUUAUACUGUCUAUAAUGUUCGACAAUAAAACAUAAUUGGAGAACCCUGACGAUUUAGGGAAUAAGAUGACAUUUGGAACACAGCCGGGUUAUUGGUUUGGGUCCCAGACAGUCGAUACCCAGAAUGCCUCUGUCCCACCACCCUCUGCUGACAAGCCGGGCUAAACGACUGACGUUCCUUCCCUGAUGGAAUGCUCCCACUCGGAUCCGAGAAUUAUGCUAUCUAGAGUCUGACCCUUCACCUUUGAUUUAACACGGUGUACAUUCUGAGGAUUCUAGUCUCUUUUUCAGUCUAUUUAUUUCUGCCGAGCCUCCACGGUAGCUGGUUUCUACCAGGAGCAUCUGAGCGUCUUGUAAAUCGCUGAGUAGUUAUACACAGCAACAUAUCCGUGGAGACAGAGAGCUAGCCAUAUCUGUCUUGCAUCUGCCAGUCUAUUUGUUGAUCGUGCUAAAUAAACCCCAGUGUUAUUUUGAAGUGUGCUGUUUUUCCCCCUCCUUGCUUGAGGAUCUCACAUUUCUGAGGUCUGAAUGUCUUUUUUACAUGUUUUGUAUGUGUCCCUAAUUUAAACUUCAGCCUGCAUCUAUUGGGAUGGUGACAUGUGUUGAUACCAGUUAGCUCUCUCUCUCUGUGUGUGUGUGUGUGUGUGUCAGAGCAGGAAUCUAAAUGAUUGUUUUUGACUGGAAUGUGAGACGAGUGUUGUAUUCAAACUCUACAGUCCUUCACCAUCUUCAAAUUAUACUUAUUUUCUUCUUUCUCUCACAGUGCAUUUGCUGGUCAUAUGCUCUGUAUCAGAACCAUUUGCUGGUCAUAUGCUCUGUGUCAGAACCAUUUGCUGGUCAUAUGCUCUGUGUCAGAACCAUUUGCUGGUCAUAUGCUCUGUGUCAGAACCAUUUGCUGGUCAUAUGCUCUGUGUCAGAACCAUUUGCUGGUCAUAUGCUCUGUGUCAGAACCAUUUGCUGGUCAUAUGCUCUGUGUCAGAACCAUUUGCUGGUCAUAUGCUCUGUGUCAGAACCAUUUGCUGGUCAUAUGCUCUGUGUCAGAACCAUUUUCUGGUCAUAUGCUCUGUAUCAGAACCAUUUGCUGGUCAUAUGCUCUGUGUCAGAACCAUUUGCUGGUCAUAUGCUCUGUAUCAGAACCAUUUGCUGGUCAUAUGCUCUGUGUCAGAACCAUUUGCUGGUCAUAUGCUCUGUGUCAGAACCAUUUGCUGGUCAUAUGCUCUGUAUCAGAACCAUUUGCUGGUCAUAUGCUCUGUGUCAGAACCAUUUGCUGGUCAUAUGCUCUGUGUCAGAACCAUUUGCUUGUUGAUACCCUUUUCACUAUAAAUUGGACUCUGUUUACAUAAAGUUGUCGUUUUGAACUGAGAAAAGAAGUUAAUAUAUUUUGUAUAUUAUUUCAUUUUUAGUAUUUUAUUGAUGUGAGAAAAAAAAAUGAUGCCAAAGAUUUGUUCUAACAUGAGCCUAUAUAAACCAAGCUGCGUGGUUUUAGUGUAAACACCUCGCUGGUUGAGCCCUGAUGUUGCUGUGGAGAACUUGUCUGUGCCAUUAACAUUUCAAUAAUGGAAUAAAAACAGUAAUAUAUAUCUUUAA